CCCGGCUGGCGAAGCUGAGUGAUUGAGAUCUGCAAGAGUUCUAAAAAACACAGGAUGGAAAGCGAGCCGCCUAUUGAAACAGUCUUACAAGCCUUACAGGCUCUUUACAACAAUCCAGACAAAGCUGGAAAGGAGCAGGCAUCAGUAUGGCUCGGAGAACUUCAACGAUCGGUAUGUGCUUGGCAGAUAUCGGACCAGUUACUGCGACAGCAACACACACUUGAGUCCUGCUACUUUGCUGCACAGACCAUGAGGACCAAAAUACAGUAUUCUUUCCAUGAGCUGCCUACUGAUUCCCAUGCUUUUUUGAAAGAUUCCCUACUGGAGCAUGCUGGGAAGAUUUCUGGGGACACACAGGCAAUUAUUGUGACACAGCUCAGUCUCGCCCUAGCUGACCUAGCACUACUGAUGGCUUCCUGGAAGGAUGCCACACUAGAGCUUGUACAACGGUUCGGCACUAAUGUACACCAGCUACCAUUUCUGUUGGAGGUGUUGACUGUUCUACCUGAGGAGGUGAAUAGCCGGUCACUGCGCCUGGGAUCUAACAGAAGGAGUGAGGUAAUGGAGGAUCUAACCAAGGCCUCUUCUGUUGUACUACAGUUACUGACAGCAUGUCUUGAGACUUGUGCGAAUGACCCCCGAGCACAGGCCAAAGUGUUUCGCUGCAUGGGCAGCUGGUUUGCCCUUGGAGUUGUGCAGGAUGACUGCAUCACACACAAUAAACUUCUGAUGGCUCCCUUCCAGGUGCUGGUGGUGCAAGACUGUCCAUCUGUUUUACAUGAGGCUGCCACAGACUGCAUAUGCUCUGCUCUGUAUUGUGCAGAUGUAAGUACCGCCAACCAUCAGCAAACAAGCCAGGACUUACGGAAGCAUUUACAGCUGGCAGAAGCCUUGUACCAUGGAAGUCUGACAUUACAGGAAGCCUACCACAUGACUGUCGCCCUAGAGGACACAGACAAAUCUAUCAAUUUUUGUAGAAUAUUUACAGAAUUGGCUGAGUCUCUUUUAGAAGCGAUUGUAGACACACCGAAUCAGGGCUUAGGAGACCUGAGGAUCUUAGAAAUAUUGUUAACCUGUGUUGGCCACCAUUUGUAUGAGGUGACAGAAAUAACAUUUAAUUUUUGGUAUCGCCUUUCUGAAGACCUGUACCAGCGAAGUCAGGACAUGUUAACAGAUGUGUUCAAACCUUACAUACAGAGACUGAUCAUAGCCCUGUGUCAUCAUUGUCAGAUGGACACUGACCAUGAGGGUGUGCCAGACGAGUCUGAUGACUUCGGCGAGUUCAGGAUACGCGUGUCAGAACUAAUUAAAGAUGUAAUAUUUGUUGUGGGAUCAUCCCGAUGUUUUAACCAGAUGUUUGAAAACUUAAAGUCCCAGACAUCAACUACAUCGUGGGAGGUAACCGAGGCCUCACUAUUUGUUAUGUCUGCUGUAGCCAAAAACUUGUUACCAGAGGAAAAUGAGAUUGUGCCAGAAGUUGUGAAUGCCAUCCUGUCUAUCCCGGACACAGCUCAUGUGUCUGUGCGACACACCAGUGUACGGCUGUUUGGAGAGCUGAGCGAGUGGAUAGAGAAACACCCAGAAUUCUUAGACCCUGUGUUGCAGUUUCUGUUGAGAGGAUUACAGGACCCGAAGUUGGCAACUGUAGCGGCAAAUUCCCUCCAAUCAAUAUCAACAACUUGUCGCGAGAAAAUGAUAGACCAUUUCCAGGGACUCUUACAAAUUGUGCAGGCUAUAGAUUCAUUCAACCUGUCAUCUGAGGCCGCUAUAGGCCUUCUCAAAGGAACAGCUACCAUACUGGGGCGCUUACCUUGUGAUAAAGUUGGAGAUGGUCUUACUCAACUGUGUUCAUACCAACUGUUACCACUCAACAAGAUUAUAGCCACAGACAACAACAAACCUAAACAGGGCAGUACAGAUGACCCCACUAUUUGGCUUGACAGACUGGCGGCCAUAUUUAGACACACAAACCCAACGGUGACAAAUGGCACAUCACAUCCAUGCCUUGCAGCAAUCCAGGAGGUAUGGCCAGUGCUGUCACAGGCUUGUGAAAAGUACCAGGCUGACAUUCGCAUUGUAGAAAGGUGCUGUCGCUGUAUACGCUUUGCUAUCAGGUGCCUGGGGAAAAGCUCAGCAUCUCUGCUCAACCCUUUAGUAUCUCAGAUGAUAACACUGUAUCAGGUUCAUCAACACUCUUGCUUCCUCUACCUGGGCAGUAUACUGGUGGAUGAGUAUGGUAUGGAGGCGGCAUGUCAACCAGGACUUCUUAACAUGUUACAGGCGUUUUGUGUACCAACAUUUAAAAUCCUAGAGGAACACAACGGCCUAAGGAAUCACCCAGAUACAGUUGAUGAUUUGUUUCGACUUUGUUUAAGGUUUGUACAGCGGGCCACUCUACCCUACCUCGAGUGUGCUAUGGCCAAGCCAAUCCUUUGUUGUGCCAUCGCUGCCUGUUCUUUGGACCAUCGUGAUGCCAAUGCCUCUGUUAUGAAAUAUCUCACAGAUUUCCUUUCCUGCGCCACACGCAAAGAGGACAAAGAUGACUUUGCAGCCAAACAAACAUUGGUGAAGGCGCUGCUCACUGAGCACGGACAAGCUCUGGUUAAUGCUCUAGUCAAUGGCUGUAUCUUCUCCCUACCCACUUUUAUGACUGUUGACAUCGGAGAGGUCAUCUAUGAACUCAUGGUCAUCGACAGGCCAGUUUUUUGUAAAUGGCUGGAGACCAUGUUAAAGUCGCUUCAAACAGAGAGCAGUGGAGGGGCAGUGACAGCAACUCAUAAGCAGCUGACUGACUUUCACAAGGCCCUCACCAGUGCUGAGAAUGUAAAGCAGGUGUCCAACGCUCUGAGAGACUUUGCUCGCUUGUUUAGGUAGGAUGGACUUACUACUGUUGACGCUGAAUUCUGUAAAUCUUGUCUUUCCAUCCUGGCUGUAGUCAUAUGAUGGUGUGUGGUCAUAUACCGUGAUCAGAGAACAUAGCUGUGUGAUCAUGUUAUACCCAACCAUGUGAUGCUGAGCUGUGGGAUCAUGUUAUACCCAACCAUGUGAUGCUGAGCUGUGUGAUCAUGUUAUACCCAACCAUGUGAUCAUAUGAUGCUCAGCUAUGUGAUCAUUAUAUACCCAGCAAUGUGACCAUGAGAUGCUGAGUUGUGUGAUCAUUUAACCGAGCCAUGUUA